AUGCAUGAGGAGAGCAGCGUCUUUGGGCCCGAGGCGCGAGCGGGGGGCGACGACGUGGAUCUGGGGGCAACCCACCACUCGGCGUACAUUGAGGGCAUUCAGACAAGCUUGGGGGAGGCAAAGCAGGAGUUGCCAUCGCAGCGAUCCGGCGCUGUGCCGCAGCCCGCGCGCUUGUCCACCAGUAAUGCAGGCGUUCUUAGUGGAGUUGAAGCUGCUGGAGGCGAUGUGCCGUCGUCCGUGGGGCGUCAGGACACCGACGCGGAGGACGAUGAAGAGAAGGAGUUUGUGGACGAGUUUGGCUUCAUAAUUGACAAGGAGCAAAAAAACAGGGAGCUUCUUUAUGUCAAGAGUAUCAACGGGAAGAAGGUGGUUCGUCGUGAGGUCAAGUGGGCAAACAUGGCCUCUAACUGGGACAAGGUAAACUCCAAGCGACACGCCCUGUUGAAGGAGCGUUGCCGCAAAGGAAUUCCAGCACGCUUCCGUGGCGUGGCCUGGCAGUUGCUUCUUGGGUCGCACAAGCAGAUGUCGGAUCCCGCGAAUCGAGGCACAUAUGCGUCCCUGUGCAACAAGGAGCUUGAGGACGAGGAAUUGACGCAGGUCAUUGGGCGAGAUCUGGCACGAACUUUCCCAACACAUAUUCUUUUCAGAGAGGAGGGAGGCGUUGGACAGACUUUUUUGCGUAAUGUGCUCCAUGCCUACGCCUGCGUGGAUCCAGAGGUGGGAUAUGUACAAGGUAUGGGUUUUGUUGUCGCUGCGCUCUCCACCCAGUUGGGGGAGGAGGAGACAUUCUGGGCGCUACACGCGCUGAUGCACGACAAUCGAUAUAAACUUCGUGAGAUGUACCGGCCUGGGUUUCCCAUGCUGCAGCAGUUUUUUUAUCAGCUGAAACGACUCAUGGCUCGCCUGCUGCCCAAGUUGUACCGUCACUUUGAAGCCGUCGGGGUGGAGCCGUCUUUCUACGCUUCACAGUGGUUUAUGACGUUGUUUGUGUACCACUUUCAGUUUCGGGCCCUGCUGCGGGUCUGGGACAUCUUCAUGAGCGAAGGAUGGAAGAUCAUUUUUCGUGUGGCAAUCGCGUUGAUGAAGUGGGAAGUAGAACGACUUGUGAAAAUGCCGUUUGACGAGGCUAUCCCCGCGUUGAAAAAAUUGCACGAAGGGAAAGACCCAGACGAGAUAUUGCGCCGUGCACACGAUGUUAAGUUCAAAACCGCAGAAUUACAGGCGUACGGUGACGCAUAUUGGCGCACACAGAAUGUGAAGUAA